GCUCCACCAGCAUUCUUCUCGCCAGCACCAGCAUCUCCCACUACUACUGCCAUUCCAGCACCCCCUUCCUGUUGUUCCUACUGGUCCCACGCCUGUUGUUCAUGUCUCCCAGCAAGUACCCGAAAAAGAAACACUUUAGAUCUAAAUUUUAGCUCUUAAUCCUUUGGUCUCUGGUCCAGUCUUUCGCUUUUUAACUCUUCUUUUCUCUAGCUGCUCUCAAUAUCGCUUUCACUCCAAUUAUCCUCUUCCAAUAUGGAUCUCAAAGUCACUUCUAAUUUUAAAUUUCCUCCCUCUCCUUCCAAUCUAAACAAUAACAGCGACAACAUAUCCACUACCUCUUCGUUGGUUUCCACUGCCUCUUCUUUUUUCAGAAACUCUAUUUCUUCUUCCAUAAAUGAUUCCCACAAUCAUUUUGAUCACAAUCUCAAUAGCAAUUCAGAUACUAAUUUGAAUAACUUUGAAAUGUCAAAUCUAAAUUCUACUAUUUACACCGAUAACAGCACCCACAAUAGUAACUAUAAUGAUGACGAAAACUUUUCAAACGAAAAUGAUUUCAUGAUUAACAACAACAUUAAUCACAAUCAUAAUCAUAGUCUUAAUAACAUUAACAUUAAUACUGGCCAAAACUCUUUUAAAAAUAAAUUUUCUUUCUUUUUCUAUAAACUAUGGUAUGGCCCAGAGAAUCCCUCUGAUAUCCCAUUUAAAUUCAACUCUUAUUACUUGAAAAAAUUAGACAAUCUCCCUUUCUACUUUUCCAACUCUUUAUCCAAAAAAUUCAAGAUAAACUUACUACUAAUCUACUUAUUUGGCUGGCUUUUGAUUUUCUCUUUAAUUUUGUUCCAAAGUUUAAUCAAAUCGCCAUAUUACUACGAUAACAAUGACAAAGAAAAUAUAAUAUCCUUUUCCUGCUUGAAUCAAAAAUCAAUAUGGAAGGGCAAAAAUUCCUAUUGUGGAAUCAACGCAAACUUGUGUUCCCCCUUUGAUAAUAGAGAUAUCAUCUUCAAAUGCCCUGCCCUAUGUGAUCGUUCAAGUUGGACUUAUUCCUCAAUCCCUGUCGGUGAUCAAGAUAUCAAAUACAGAGGCUUCUUUAUAGGUGGAGGCAAACUACCCUCCCAAAAUACAAAUAAUAACGAUAAUGAUAACGACAAUAAUAGCGAUAACGAUAAUGAUAAUGAUAACAAUAAUGAUAACAAUAACUUAUCUCUCCCUUAUAGAGCAGAUUCUUACCCUUGUGGUGCUGCUGUCCAUGCUGGCGUCAUCUCCCCCUUCUUUGGUGGUUGUGCAAAACUAUCCUUCAUUGGAUCUCAGCAAAACUUCCCAUCAACUAAAGCUGCUUUUUCUUCUGUUGACAACUCGAUACCUUUCAAUACCUUUUUUCCAUCUUCUUACAUCUUUAAAAACCUACCAGCUUUGGUCUCAGGCUGUUAUGAUUACAGACUAUCUCUUUUAUUUAUAAACAUCCUAUUAGGUUUACCAAUAAUGUUUUUUUGUAAUGGUUUACUAUCUUUUUGGAUCAUCUCUAUAACUUCAUUUUGGACUGUUUUAUUAUCGUUAGAUCCUCCCCUAACCAUUAACCCUCAAGAUCCUGAUAGUCUACCUUCUCUAAUCUCAAUGGGCUUUCAAAGACUAUUACCCCUAGGUUUUGUUCUCUACACUUUAUGGCACUCCUCAAUAUCAAAAACUCUAAACAACCAGACUUCUCCCCUAGCUAAACUGUUCAUCUGGUAUCCCUUGUUUUGGUUAGGCAUAAUGAAUAACAUAACCUUUGAUAGACUACCCGUUGAUAGAUUGACAAUCGAUGACCUAAAAGAACAGCCUGGCUCAAUCUUUGCUGUUGGCUCGAUUUUUUUAGUUAUUAUAACUUGUAUCUUCAUCCAAGCUUACGUUCUUUGGAAAUCGGGCAAAUUUAGAAAAUAUCUAUCCAUCUACUUCAUCUUUGUAAUAGCCUUGAUCUUUUUAGCAAGCUUAUCCGGUUUAACUCUAAGAAUUCAUCACUAUAUACUAGGUAUCCUAUUGAUUCCAGGCACCGCAACUAAAAAUUUAUCUGCAAUGCUUUUUCAAGGUAUUUUACUAGGGCUAUUGAUAUCCGGUGUAGCUCGUUGGAAUUUUGCCUCAAUUGUUGAAACUUCAAAGGCCCUAAGAAGACUAGACCCAUCAAAUAUAGAGGAUUUGAAACCUCCAGGCUUUAUCUCCUUUGACAAAGAAACUAAAAUUCUAAGUUGGCAAAACGUUACAAAGCAAAAAUCAAAUAUAAUAGAUGGUGAAAUUGUUUCUCCUGAUGAUAUGCUAGACGGUUAUUCUUUAUUAAUUAACGAUAUUGAGAGAUAUAGAGGCGCUGAAAUUGCAAUUGACUUCGAACAACUUAUUACCACAAAUUCUGACUUAAAUCUUCUAGUUCAAAAACAGUUGGGAAAAUUCACAGACGAUAAUGGUGAUAUUUCUUUGUACUUGAGAGUCGGAAAAGCUACAAAGAAAAUCGAUAGACUGAUUACUGGCGACUAUACUAAAGCAGGGCUAUUAAAGUGGCCAAGUGGAAAUUUUGUUCCUCCUGCAAGUGGUGUAACAUAAAAGUCUUAUCUUACUCUUUAUUUUCCCCUUUACUCUGCUGGGAUUUUUAACAAGUUCAUUCACCACUAUGAGACAUUUAUAGAUAAUUAAUGCAUUUUAUUUCAAUAGAAAA